AUGACUAGGGGUUCCCCUCAUCGAUCGCACAAAAAACAUCGUCACAAGAAUCGUGAUAGGUCUCGUUCUCCAUUGGACCAGAUUACUGAUAGGGUUGCUACCAGGCGAGAUGAUCAAUCACCUAGUGAUACUGGAGGCACUGGUGUUGAUAGUUCUCUCUCAGUUGCGGAAACAAAUGCGUUGCGGGCUAAAUUGGGUCUUGCUCCUCUGGAUGCUGAUGAUACUUCAAAAUCAGAACGAGCAGUAGAUAACCAAGCCGACUGCUACGUCCAUGCACCAGCUAAAGAUAUCAGAAAAAUAAGGGAAUCAGAAGCAAUCAAAGAAAAGCUAAAUGUCUUGAAAGAGAAAAGGUCACUGUUAGAUAAAAUUGGGCAGGAAAAACUGUCCACGCCUUCUGCAUGUGAAUCGGAUGUUCAAUCAUGGGUUGAGAAAAUGCGUGAGAAAGAACGAAUUCAGAAACAAGCCGAAGAAAGAGCAAAGCUUUUGUCUGAGAUUGACGAUCAGUUGGCUGUUUCUGAGUUUGUAGAGUCACGGUUGAUUCAAAAUGGUAAAAAGUACAAACCCAAUGAUUUGGCCGGUCUUCGCGUUGAACACUGCUCAUCCCGUUUUGUUGACGGUCAAUCAGUUAUCUUGACGAUUAAAGACUCAGGUGUUUUGGAUGAAUCUGAAGACGUUUUAGUGAAUGUAAAUAUAAUUGAUGAUGAAAAAGCUGAUGUCAAUAGAGAAAAUAUAAGAAAGACUACCGGUCUGGCAGGAAUUGAAGACGAAGUGGAUGAGGAUGUACUUCUUGGUUUACGCUCUAAAGGUGUUCUAAGCAAGUAUGAUUCAGAGAUUAAUGGCAUUAAAAAAGACCACUUUGUUAUUAAUUCUGAUGGCUCUUAUAAUACAGAGAAUGAGCGUUUAUUGAAACAACUACAAGCUGAACUGAAAGAAGGACGACAAUCGUUGCCUGAUACUGAGCUUCGUAUAGCUUCUGAGUACUACAGUACGGAAGAAAUGGCUGCGAAAUUUAAAAAGCGUAAACGUCGUAUCAAAACUAUUCGUCAAGCACUGACUGCUGAUGAACUUUUGAGUGAAUUGCCAGAACAAUCAGGGUCUUCUGAUUUAGGAAGCCGUUCAACAGUUAGAGAAAAACGCUUAAAUAGUAACAUCCCAUCUGCAAAUGACACGUUUCCGGCUGAAGAAUUUUCUGCACAAAUAAUAGAUGUCAAAGACAGUUACGAAGAAUAUUGGUCUGCAGCAGAUCAUAUCGAUGAACCAGAUGAGUUGAGAAGUGAAUUAGAGAAAACUAUAGGGCGAGUCGUGCAAUCGAAGUCACGGGUUGUUUCUAAACCGGAAGAAAUUACAUCACAACUCUUAGCAAAAAAUAUAGCUACUCAUUCAUCCGAAUCCGUGUCACAGUCACUUGCGUCUGAUACAUUGACAAAUAAUAGCAAAAAGGACAAUGUUGUGUUCGACUCUACUGCAGAAUUUUAUAAGUCAAUUGGUAUUGGUUUUCAAGAAAGUAUGAAAAGAAAUACUCGUUACAAUCAGUUCUUACAAAAUCAGUCUAGAUUACAGAAUAAUGGCGGAGCAGUUGGUACUAAUGAUGAUGAUAAUACGAGUUCAUCACCUACAAGAUUGCCGUAUAAAGAGGAAGAAGAAGAACGAAAACUUGAUUAUGAUUCAGAAGGUAGUUAUCGCAUGAAAAGUGAAGACUAUGAUACAAAUUAUGACGACACAAAGUUGGAAGCAUCAAACGAUCGAUGGCAUACUGUCGGUAAUGAUAUUCUUGGGAAUUCGACUCGAACAGUACCGAAACCAACAGUCAAAAAAUCUGGGCAGGAACAUUUUAAAGCAGAAAAUGCUGAUAUACAUGGAGUUUUAGAUGAUGAACCACGUCUGGAUUCAGGAGUAUUUUCAGCCAUUCGGUUGGCUGAGAAAAAAGGUUAUAUUGAUAAAGAAAAAGAGAAACGAACUGGUUCUGGAACUAUGGUCAAUCUAAUGGCUAAACACUUUGUCCAAGAAGAUAUACGCUAUGAUGAUAUUGAUGCGAAAUUUUACAAGCGUGAUCGUUACUCUGGUCCAUUAUCAGAUUUUAAAGAGUUAACGCAAUAUAAACCGGAUAUUAAAUUAGAAUACGUUGAUGAGCUAGGACGCGAUUUAAGUGCUAAAGAAGCUUUUCGUCAAUUAAGUCAUAAAUUUCAUGGAAAGGGUUCCGGUAAGAAUAAAACACAGAAACGUAUGAAAAAAAUCAAUGAAGAGUUUCUUCUUAAAGCCAGCACCAGUUCAGAUACUCCACUGGGAACAGUGAACAAACUGAAUAAAAAACUAGAAGCGAUGUCAAUGCCUUAUGUAAUUUUGAGUGGAAAAAAUGCAGCUGUAAAGAAGCUGACGAAAUAA